GCGUCGCAGCACGUGUCAAUUUGCAUUUUCGUCGUCCCGUACGAGUGUUUGACUCGAGCGAGUGUUUCGAGAGUGUCGUGGAGUAUUGAAAGUGAGGUGAAGCGUUGAACGUUCGUGCCAACAUCCGUCGUGUCGGAUACGAUGCAUGGUGCGAAGACUGCGAAGUCGUAUCGCGUUCAGUCGUGUUUCAUGUCUUCUUCGUUGCCUUGUAUCUCGAGAUUCUCGGAUUUCCGUGACGCGCGUGAGUACCGGGACUGCCGAAAACGAAGGGCCACGCGUUCGUGCCAAGUGUGAAUCAAGACGAAUCGUCGUGAGGAUCUUUUGACUCUCGAAUGUUCGAGAGCUACGACCGAGGAGUUGGACGUAGCAAUCAGCGGCGAACGGUGAGUCAAUUUGUACUUGUGUCUACCGUUUAUUCGUCCGUACUCUUCGGUAUUCGCGCCUCGUUCUCAUUGCGUUCGCAUAAAUUAAUUAUCGUCGAUACAGUGCGACGAAUCGGUCAAUCGCGCGAAAGCGGUUAGGGCAAGAAUGAUUUGAAGUCCGUGUACGCGCACUUGGCGCUACCUUCGCCAGGUGUACCAACAGUCGCGAUUGACGUGCUUUUCGAUGUCGAUAAACGUGUCAAGAAGUAAAUACAAGUCUCCAAACACGUGAACGGAUGAAUCGCACGUUGCUGUGAUAGCACAGCUUUAGCAAUCGAUUAUUAUGAACGAAAAUGAACUCCGUGCGCUGCUGAGCAGCUUGCGAGCAUCGAAGCAAAAGGGCGAACUGGACACUGACGAGAAACUCGCGCAACAGACUGUCAAAUGGCGAAAUAUCUUGGAGUACAAUGUUUUGGAAACGUGCGCCAGACAUUACAGCGAAGAGACUGGAGAUGCUGGCACUCUUGGUGGAAUCGAGAAAAAGCACGUUGCGCUUUACUCGUAUGGAACUUGACAUGAUACUAUUAUUUUUGAACUAUAAUUUAUGUGAGAAAAUGGAAUAUGUGCCCCUUGUUAAAAAGGCUUUGAAACGAUUGAAAGAUAGUCUGGCUGUUAUGCAGAGACAAUUGUCCCAGGAACUAAAAAUGAGAAGUCACUUUACAGAACAAGGUAUUGCUUCGGAAAUGUAUGAAAACACCUUGACUUUAUCUUAUCAAACAUCUGAACAAAUUGAACAGGAUAUGAAAAAUUAUGUCAUGUUUUUUGUGAACUUGCGUCAAAUUUGUGUGAGCAAUUUGUACCCAGAUGCAACGUAUGGUCGCAGACGUUCCAGCUUGCAGAUACUUUUACUGACACAAGAUCUCUUACAUAAUGAAUUCCAAGAUAUUAAAUGGGAGAAGGAGCAAGCUGAGACAAUAUUCCAAUGUUUACUGCUAGAUACAUAUGAGCCGAAUAAGGAAAUGGCAUAUCAGAUAAUAAAGCCAAUGAGUCCAGCAUUAUUACUCCUAGAUUUAGAAUCCCAGAUUCGAUUAAUUAUUGAAGUUGCUCUUAAAUUGGGUAACAGUAUACGACCUAUAGAUAGCUCUACAGCUGCUUACAUGUUAAAAAUAUCCAAGUUAUCCCCUGUUAUAAAAAAUGUACUUGAUGAUUAUUGCAGUAUGAAUGAGGACAUUACUGAAGCAAUAACACUGCAAUUGGUAUUGCUAUUGUACAGAAAAUUACAAGAAGCAUUAUCCUUAGCAAAAAAGAACGUAGGAAUGGCAAUUGUUAAAAAUUCUUUAUAUGGAUAUUUAUUCUGCAUGAGAAGCUUGCUUUCAGACUGUGACUUGAGAGACACAGGAGCAAGCAAAUUAUGGCAGAGUACAAUAGCUAAUAUUGUAUUAUUGUGCUUUGAAUUGAAUCAUGCUGUUUCUGUGGUGGUAAAUAAUUCCUCCCCAGAAGGACAUUUGCCAAUGGACUUGAAGACGCUAAAUUUAGACGAUGCAUCAUUUCCUGAGAAGGAUAUUAUAACGCCACAAAUGGUGCUACUUUGUUCUUGGCGUACUGUUAAAGAAGUUAGUCAAUUAUUUGGUCUAUUCGCUUCCAAGGCAUCAAUACAAACUGAUGAAUCUCUAGAGGGACUAUUAACAGAGGAACAAAUUGAGCACAUAAUGAAACAUUUAGUCUCAUUAUUGUGCGAGACGAAACACAGAGGCGCGUUUGAACAAGCGUAUGUUGGUUUUCAUCAAUUAUGCACACGAUUAUGGCGAUUAACAAACACGACUUUAAAUGCGCUCCCUAUGCAUUGGUUGCACGAUAUCUUGGUUGGCAUUACAGGUUUAAUGCCAGGAUAUACGAAAUUAUGUGCGACAAGAAGAAGUGCGGGUGUUCCGUUUAUGAUACAGGCAGUGUUAUCAUCGGAACCAAAAAUUCAUACUAAUUCAGAAAGCUCGGCGUUUCACUCAGUUAUGAAAAUUUUAUUACAAUUCUCGCAGCUUGAGAGUACAAUUAAUUUAUGGCAGAAAGUAAAGAGCAUAAUGUACCAAAAUACAAUAUUUGCCAAGUAUGAGCAUUUAGCCGAACCACUAAUAGAAAAUAGAAACGAGUAUCAUUAUAGGGAAAUUAAACUUGACAUGACCGAGAUAAAAACUCAUUCCAUGAAUAUUCUCAGAGCUUUGUUCAGACAUUCUCAACUCGGAGACAUGGUUAAGAAUUAUAUUGCGGAUGGUUUAAUGGUUGCCUUUAGAAAUUAUGAAAGUGGAACAUGGGCAGAACGUAAUGCCGCCACGUUAUUGUUUAGCGCACUUAUAAUUCGAAUUUUUGGUGUUCAAAGAACCAAGGAUCACAUUAACUUGACGACGGAUAACAAAAUGACAGGGAGAAUAUUUUUCGAAAGAUAUCCCAGUCUGCUGUCCUUUAUUUUGAAUGAAUUGCAAACAUUUGUAUUGACCAACGGUGCCAUAAUAAAAUCCAACGUGCAUGCAAUUUUAUUGCUGUUAUCACGAUUGUAUAUUAAUUAUCAUUUUGAUGGUACUGACAUUGCUUGGAAGAUAAAUGAAUUUGUUAGUUUGGUAUCACAAUGUGCUAAAAGCCCUGUACAUAAAACGCGUGAACUUGCAGCUAGAGCACUGGUGCCAUUACUAACGGAGAAUACAGCCUAUAAUGUUGUGAAAAAGUUAUUUCUCGUUUUAUGUAUGGCACGAGAUACCCGGAUCUCGACAAACCUCACGCAUGGCUAUUUGCUACAGGUAUUAGAAAUCUUGACGAGAUUGCCAUCCGUCCAUGUACAGCUAUUAAAAUCUGACGUCACAAAUUUUUUACGCGCUACGAAUUGGAUACUGAAAGAAUUGGAGAAAAAUGCCAAUGGAUUCAGUUGCUUUCCUAUUGCUAGUAUAUACAUUGACAUUCUUCGUAAAUUACAUAACUUAGACAAAAAUAUGAUUGAAUGUUGUAAUAUGAAAGAUAUAUUGCAUAUGCUGCAGCAGCACUUAGUCGAGAAAGAUUUAUUAAGAGAAGGACCAGGUGAACAAAUGUACAAAGUGUCUGUAAUCAAAUUCAUACUUUGCGUGGAGAGAUAUUCAAAUUUCUUACAAACGGUGCACGAUGAGAACAGUAAUGCGUUCAAGAUUUAUUCGCGACUUUUGAUUGUACCAGAAGCAGAAGUACAGUAUAUUGCUUGGACUACCGUUUCCGAAGUACUAAAAAAGGAAUCUUAUCAGCAAAGAAAAUUAUUGAGUACUUACAUUAUUCGUGCAGCUGCCGAUUUUGCCAAAGAUUUAUAUAAAUAUAAUCCUAAAUUGCAAGAUGCGAUCUUCGAUUUUUUAUAUAACAGCCUGAUGGACAAAAACGAAUGUUGUUUCAUUGACAAACGUGAAAUUUGUAACUUGGUUUUCAGAGAAAUACAUCUAUGUGACGUAAACAAUAUCUAUUCUCAACGUGUUAAUUAUUUGAGAUUGCUAGGGAAAUGCAUGACGACAUUGACUCACGAAUUAAAGGAUGAAGAACUUAGGAUGAAAUACAUAGAAGACGUCUAUAGAAAAGUCUGUGACAAUAAUUGGAUUGGUUCAUUAUGCAAAGAUUUCAGAUUAUCAGUUUUUGAUAUAUUGCACGAACUUUUUGAGAAAAACAUCAAUAUCGGACAUUGCCAUUUCGUAUUGGAUUGGUGGACGAUGUUGUUACAAUUAUUAAUCGACGAUAGCGCGAAUGUUCGGCGUGAUGCGUCCAAGCUGAUUUGCAAACUCAAACGGUGUAACGAAUUAGAAUGUCUCGAGAAAACAUUAUCGGAAUUCUUCCAGAUCUUCAGCGAAAUGAUCGCUGAUAAUUACCCUGGAAUAGCACUUUGUGUCCUUUUCUGCUGGAGCGUCGCGUUGCUGGGAGAUACAGAUUAUGAAAUGGACGAAACUGAUGUGUUCAACAAAUGUAGAAAUUACGAUGUCUUCGAACCCGUGAAGAUAUCAAAAUUGUGCUUCGAUUUAAUACAAUCGAUAAGACAACGCUAUUCUAUUGAUAGUGCGUUACCACCUGAUGCUGUGAGAUGGAUAAAUUAUCGUUUAGGUACCGAUUUUCCUUUAUUAUCGUCUUUUAAAGAAAUCGUACAUAAUUAUAGGAACAAUCUUCCAAUACUUGAAAAAAAAUUGGAAGAAAUUUUGGAUCCUACAUAUAGGGACAAAUUAUUACAAGUUCUAGCAUAUGAAAAAUAUAUGUCGUUAUAGUGUCAGAUGAUAAUCUGUCACAUAAUCGUAUUUAAUUUUACAUAUUACAAAUAAAUAUAUACAUUUGAUGAAAA